AGUGCUGUUCUGUUCCGUAUCUGUUCCGAACCGGCUUCUAUGUACGCUACCAGUUGCGCAGACGUGCAUUCUCAACAGCAACAACGACAAGAACAACAACAAGAGGCAUCCGGUUCUCCCCCCGAACCAGCUACAGUUGGAGCCGAGAUGCAUACGCCCAUAGCGUGUACCACUGCUGGCCAGAGCUACAAAAACAGCUCGCCCUCGCAUGUCUCCACAGUCCUGGUCAUCGCUGCCAACGUCUUACUGGCUGUGCUGCUCGUCUUGCUCAACCGAUGGGCGUACGUGGGUCUGCGCUUUCCGAACAUGACCCUGACGUUGUUGCACUUGCUGGUGACGCUGGUCGGACUUCACGGUGCCCGUACGGUGGGUCUUCUUCGCCUGGAGACCGUCCCCUUGAGCCGCGUCCUUCCUCUGAGUAUGCUGUGCUGCGCCUUCACUGCUUUGCCCAACCUGUCCCUGGAAUAUAACACAGUGGGCACCAGUCUCCUACUGCGGCUUGUCUCCCUGCCCACUGUCAUGAUAAUUCAGAACACGGCACCCGCUCCAGCCCCUGCUACGGCCCAGUGCGGUCCGUCCCUGGGAAUCAAGCUGGCAGUAUUGCCCCUGGUACUCGGUGUGUUCCUGCACUCAUACGGUGACGUACACUUCAACAUGCCAGGAACAGUGUUCGGGUUGGCAGGCGCCGUGUCCACGGCAUUUUAUCAAGUCCAGGCAGCACAGCUUCAGGCUCAGCUCAAGCUCAAUGCCCUGCAGGCCCUGUACCAUCAGACCGGGUUGGCGAGCAUUUUCAUGACCCUGCUCGUAUGCGUGUUUGAACACCCGUGGCGUUCCCCUCGAGGCGUCUUUGCUGCCAGCUGGAUGCCUCUCGAUUGGGCCCUGGUUGCCGUCACAGGUCUGGCCGGCUUUCUUAUCACACUCACCAUGUUCUGGAUCGUCAGGCGGACUUCACCCCUCACCUACAACGUCCUUAGUCAGGUGAAGUUGGUGAUGACACUGAUAGCGUGCUACGCUGUGUUCCGAGAACCUCUAGGACCUAUGCAGCAGGCAGGGAUGGUACUCACGGUGUCUGGCGCUUUUCUCUAUACCCACUUCAAGCACAAGGAGGCAAAGGCAGCCAAUCGGUACCGAUCUGGCCGGACUCUGUACACUGCGUCCUCUACGUCCGUCAAGACGGGAGCCAGAGUAUCAUCCCCCACCCGAUAGGAGUGUUUUUUUUUAAUAUUAUGUACAGUACGCAUUCAUUGCGAUCGUGGGUUACUAGCAGGUUGAUUAUAAAUACAUCCAAUGAUAAAAAUGUCA